AUGUCUACCGCUACUCCGACUCCCAUCCAUUCUAGUGAUGCUUCGCUGGCAAACGCCGGCUCUCGCUAUAACCUCGACGAGACGGAGCGCACGUUUCUGAAAGCCAGAACUGGGAUUCAAACUGAUGAAGAACUCAAGCAGCACAUUCUUGCCGUGCAGCGCGAGGCGCUUACGGUCCACCCGUACCCAUGCAUCGUUAUAUUCUCCUUCACGAAGUUGAAUCUGGGUGGGCUCCCGGCGUACGGCCGACUCCUCGAACUCGGCAAGACGCGUAAAGACGCCAUCUGGUUGGAUGUCGGUUGUUGUUUCGGGAACGACGUCAGGAAAGCCGUCGACGACGGGUACCCCAUCCAGAACAUCAUCGCGACCGACAUAAACCCAGAGUUCUGGGUGCUCGGCCACAAGCUGUUCGCCUCCACGCCCGAGACCUUCCCCGUCCCCUUCGUGCCCGGGGACGCCUUCGACCCCGCCUUCCUCGCCCCCGCUCCGAUCGCCACGGCCGCCUCCGCGCCGACCGGCCCCGCUCCUCCGCUCUCCGCGCUCACGACGCUCACGCCCCUCCACGGGCGCGUGUCCGCGGUGAGCGUCUGCAACGUCUUCCACCUCUUCGCCGCCGAGGAGGAGCAGGCGCGGCUCGCGCGCGCCCUGGCGCCGCUGCUGUCCGCGGAGCCCGGCUCGAUGCUGCUCGGGAAGCAGGCCGCGCAGCGGGAGAGCGGCGUGAACACGCAGGGCGGCGCGGCGGGGCAGGAGGUCACGAUGUUCUUCCACAACGCGGAGAGCUGGACGGCGCUGUGGGACGGCGGGGUGUUCGCGAAGGGCACGGUGGAGGUGGAGGCGCAGCUGGUCGAGCCGCCGGUGUGGCACCAGGCCGAGAAGAGUCGUGCUGUUUACUGUGUCAUGGAGUGGAGCGUGACGCGGGUGUAG